AUGUUGUCUCGUGGCUCUGCUAGAACAGCGCAGCUGCUGCGCGGCGCUGCCGGUCAGCACCAGUUCGCCAGAUCGUUGGCGACCGUCCAGUCCGACAUCUUCAAGCCCGCCAAGUUUGGCGGCAAGUACACCGUCACCCUCAUCCCCGGAGACGGCAUCGGUGCCGAGGUUGCCGAGUCGGUCAAGACCAUCUUCAAGGCCGACAACGUCCCCAUCGAGUGGGAGCAGGUCGAGGUGUCUGGCAUCAUUGACGGCGCCGGCCGCACCGAAGACGCCUUCCGCGAGUCCGUCGCCUCGCUGAAGCGCAACAAGCUCGGCCUCAAGGGCAUCCUGCACACGCCCAUCAGCCGGUCCGGCCACCAGAGCUUCAACGUGGCCAUGCGGCAGGAGCUCGACAUCUACGCCUCCAUCAGCCUGAUCAAGAACAUCCCCGGCUACGAGACGCGCCACAAGGACGUCGACCUGUGCAUUAUCCGCGAGAACACCGAGGGCGAGUACUCUGGCCUCGAGCACCAGAGCGUCCCCGGCGUCGUCGAGUCCCUCAAGAUCAUCACCCGCGCCAAGUCGGAGCGCAUUGCCAAGUUUGCCUUCUCCUUCGCCCUGGCCAACGGCCGCUCCAAGGUGACGUGCAUCCACAAGGCCAACAUCAUGAAGCUGGCCGACGGCCUGUUCCGCAGCACCUUCCACAACGUCGCCAAGGAGUACCCCACCCUCGAGGUCAACGACAUGAUUGUCGACAACGCCUCCAUGCAGGCCGUGUCCCGCCCUCAGCAGUUCGACGUCAUGGUCAUGCCCAACCUGUACGGCGGCAUCCUGUCCAACAUUGGCGCCGCUCUCGUCGGCGGGCCUGGCAUCGUGCCCGGCUGCAACAUGGGCCGCGAUGUUGCCGUCUUCGAGCCCGGGUGCCGACACGUCGGCCUUGACAUCAAGGGCAAGGACCAGGCCAACCCUACCGCCAUGAUUCUGUCCGGCAGCAUGCUGCUGCGCCACCUUGGUCUCGACGACCACGCCAACCGCAUUUCCAAGGCCAUCUAUGCCGUUAUUGCCGAGGGCAAGGUCCGCACCCGCGACAUGGGCGGUGAAUCAACCACCCACGAGUUCACCAAGGCCAUCCUCGACAAGAUGGAGGCCAUUUAA